CGCUCUCAGUCCCGCUAUUUUGUUAAAAGCCCGGUUACAACAUAACCUGCUCAUUCGCAUUUUAUUAAAUAAAUCUAAUUGUUUGAACUCUUGCACCGAAUUUUGGAUGUUUAAAGGAUUUAUGGGCGUUUGGAACCCCAGAGAGCAUGUUUUGCUGACGUGAGAAAAAGAAAGUAAAGUAGAGAUGACGAUAACUACGCAUAAGACGCGGAGGAUCCAGUACUUGGCGGCCUUUUCGGUGUCUUUGGCUUCUUUGACACUGGGCAUUUCAUCCGCUUGGCCUACGCCCGUGCUACCCAAGCUAAAGAAAGGGAGUUUCGAAAUCAGCGAUGCUGAAAUAGGCUGGAUGAUGGCGAUGUCAUCGCCAGGGUUCAUAGUGGGCAGCCUGGUCACGCGGUUCUUGGCCGACAGGUUCGGUCGGAGAGCAUCGGUCUUGAUCAGCGCGUGCCCCAUCGCCGUCGGCACGUUAGUGGUAGCGUUCGCUGUUAAGGCUUGGCUGCUCUACGUGACCAGGUUUCUGUGGGGAGCAGGAACUGGGAUGGUUAGCACAUUGGUGCCAAUGUACAUAGGAGAAAUAUCAGACUCCGAAGUGAGAGCAACUCUGUCACUGUUCACACGGGUGAUGUUCAACCUGGGUAGCCUCCUGGUCAUGAGCAUUGGUAUGUUCGUCUCCUACGAGUGCCUCAACUACAUGCUCCUGGUAUUGCCCGGGGCUUACUUCGUGGCUUGCCUGUGGAUACCAGAGUCACCUUAUUAUCUGUUGAAGAGAGGGAGAGUGGGGGCGGCGAGAACAGCGUUGAUGGGACUUCGACAACAGAAGGAUGAGAAGGAGUUGGAAGACGAGCUGGCUCGGUUGCAGGCCGACGUUCGCAAUGAAACUCGUCGCUCCGGCUCGCUAAAGGAACUGAUGAUUGGUCGACAGUAUCGGAAAGCUGUGAUCAUUGCCGCAGGUUUGAAAGUGACUCAAAUAAUGACGGGUUCUAUGGCGGUCCAACAGUACUUAAGCACAAUUCUUGAAGAGAGUAAGAUUACGAUGCAGAUGUCUACUGCCGUUAUUGUAUUUGGUGCUGUUCGAUUUGUUGUUGGUAUAAUGAGCUCUAUACUAGUGGACAGAGUUGGACGCCGCCCUCUGCUAAUUUACUCUCUCUUGGGCACGGGUGUAUCCUUAGCUGCGGUCAGCAUAUAUUUCUUCCUAAAAGAUAUCCUCGAACUAAAUCAUGAAUCUCUGAGCCCUUAUGCUUUUAUUCCUUUUGCUGGAAUAAUUAGCUCCACAGUCCUUUCAACUUUAGGCUAUAACUCCAUUAUUUUUGUCAUCCCAGCCGAAAUUUUCCCUUUAAAUGUAAAAGCUGUAGCUCUGUCUUCACUUAGCAUAUUUGGAGGUGUGUGUGGGUUCACUUUAGCAAAGGGAUUCCAGGUAUUGCAGAGUCUGGCGGGGUUCUGCGCCGUGUUCUGGGUAUUUGCAGGCGUAGCCUUUGCUGGAACAAUAUUUACCAUGUUGUAUGUACCUGAGACAAAAGGGAAAAGUCUAAAAGAUAUACAGAUUCUCUUGCAGGGAGACUUGUAUUAUGAUGAUGGGUGCGAAAAGUUGAAUGAAAUUAAAAAUGAUAAAAAUAAUGAAUGUGAGAAUGAGUUGCAAGAGAUAAAUCUGAAGGAUGUUAAGUGUUAAUUAUUUAAUACCUAAGAUUAGUGUAAUAAAUUUAAGCAAACUGACAAUAAAUAUAUUCGUUAUAAGUAAUUGUAGAAAAAGUGGAUGGAUUAGAUAGGUUAUUCAACUUCUCAAAAAUAUGGUAGGUAAGUAUAUAAUUUGAUCUAAUCUGUGAUAUAUACUAGGUUUGAUCUCAUUAUGGCUUGAUAAUUUUGAUAUGUAUUAUUAAACCUUUCGUGCCAUCCUCCUAUUAAGUAUGUAGAACUAUCACUCACAGUCAGUCGUGUGCGAACGUCAAUUUAAAUAUUUUUCUCAGUGUCAAUCUCUUGAUACAUGAAUUGGUAGUAAGGAAGUGGAAAGACGUAGCUUCCUCAGGUCCAGACAUACAAAUGAAAAAUCAAAAAAUUUGCCACUGAUAUUUGAACCUAUACGGUAGGAUAUUUCCUACCGUACAACACACAACUACAACUUUACAACUCUAUUGAGUUGUAUUUCGUUGUUUGAAAAUGGAACGAAAAGAAGCAAAAGAGACUCUGUUCCA